GACAUGACCAGCAAUGCAGCUGAGAGCUUCAUGAGCAGAGUAUCAUAAACUAUCGGGGGGAAACGUGUCGACUUCAGUAAAGGAGGUGGCUACAGGCGCAGAUGCCAUGUCGCAGCCCUGUCUUACAAUAUGAGGAGCCCACAGUGGCACUCAUACUUUUACAGAAGAAAGUACGGAAGAAGCCGUGGUACGCCAAUGGGAAAACUCGUUGAAAGAAUCAAGCAGAAAACCACGACCAGGCGGUCGAAAAGGAAACUUCAGUUUCAAGAUGCAUCGACCUCCUCAAAAGGACCCAAGUUUUCCUGCGAGGCAGAUAAGGACUACGGAGACAGUGCACAAACGCCAGACGUGUCCCCAGCUCUGUACGCACUAAAAGAGAAGGAGUUCGUAGAGUCACUUUGUGUAACUCUUGAAAAACAGCCGGAGGUUCAGAUAGCCACCAAAGACCAACCAGAAAGCAAGCUCUGGCAUGAGGAGAGACGGAAAAGGAUCUCUUCAACGAAAUUUUAUGAUGUAUGCAGGAAGCACAAAGCUGGGUUCAAGUUUGAGAGCGUGGUAAAUUCGAUUCUUUACCCAAAACCGAUAAACACGCCGGACUUGGAGUAUGGUCGAAGUCAUGAGAAAACCGCAGUGGAGGCCUACAAAAAAUCGCACUCUAAUAUCAGAGUACAGGAAUGUGGCCUGUUUAUUUCUCUCGACAUGCCGUUCCUUUGCGCAACACCAGACAGACUCCUCAAUGAUGAUGGCGUGCUCGAGGUCAAGUGCCCACGAAGUGCUCUCGGGUAUCCCACGCUAGAGGAAACUUCUAAACACCAUAACAUUGCCAUCAAGGUUUGUAAGAAGAAAGGUUCUCUUAGUCUCCGACCCACCCAUCGGUAUUACUACCAAAUUCAAGGGCAGUUGCAUGCGACCGAGCGAGACUACUGCGACUUUUUUGUCUGGUCCCCGAAAGACACUUUCCUUCAGAGGAUAACGAGAGAUGGCUCCUUUGGGCAAAGCUGUGUGGAGCAGUUGAGGCCGUUUUAUUUCGGUUAUCUUCUUCCAGAGAUUCUGGAUUCACGAGUAGCAAGAAACAUGCCUCUGAGAUCUGAGCCCGUCACUAACGAGAUUGAGGAAUUUUAAUUUUUGAAGUGCUCAAAUCAAAGCCCUGUCUCCCACCAUCCCACUAUACUGCGCCGCUGGACUCUGCUCCUGAGCGAUGUGAUAUGUUUGUGUUUCAUCAUGGAGAUGCCGAUGUCACUUGUGUAUUAUACAGUUCCAUAUGCACAUUCUUGCUUUACGAUAUACUCAAUUUUUGUACCACAUGCAUUUUGCUUUUUCAUGCGCU